AUGACACCUGCUGCUUAUGUCCACCCUUCUUACAAUGAGAAUCCUCUUUCUUCAAAUUCCCUCAAAAUAACACUCUUCCUAUCAUGUCUCGUCCAGGCUCAGCAGCAGCACUGGCAGAUAGUUAAACAGCAACAAAAUUCUAACACCCACACAAAAGACACAAAAUAUUUAGAAUCUAUAGAGACAAUCGAGAAACAGAGAUACAUUGAUAUCCUUACACCUAGCCAACAGAUUCUUCUUGCUACUAACAAAAAUGAUAACGAUGCGAGCGCCAUCGCAACUUUGGCUCCGGCAGAGAACGCCGUUGUAGCACCUCUCCCGCGACUACAAUCUAGCAAUAAAUCUGGAUUAUCAUCGCCGCAAAUUGCGCGGAGUCUGCGGGACUGGGAAGUAGAAGAUUUCGUUCUUCUGGCGACCAUCGACGGUAAAUUGCAUGCUCUCGAUCGCAACACAGGUGAGGAGAAAUGGGAGAUAUCGCACGAACAACCGAUGGUGCAAAUCAAGUACCAUCCAAGAACUCUAUCAGAUACUACGAAGAGCAAUAUUCCUACGGCUAUUGACGACUAUCUUUGGAUACUUGAGCCAAGCAAUGACGGAAAGCUUUUUACCUAUCGACCUUACGGUCCUAACUCCGGAAUAAUUAACACGGGUCUCACGAUGAAAAAGUUGGUAGAAGAAAUGUCGCCAUAUGGGGAUGAAGAUCCACCAGUAAUGUAUACCGGAGAGAAAAAGACAAAUCUUCUCACAGUAGACGCCAAUACCGGUAAAGUUCUGAGUUGGUUUGGAUCGAUGAAUUCCUUGAUGACGAAGGAAACCUGCUACAUAGGUGGUGAAGCAAAAGAGGAAGAAGAUGGAAAAUGCCCAAAAACUGCAACCAUAACACUUGGAAGAACAGAGUAUACCGUUGGGAUUUUCGGGAGAAAAGACGGUCACCACAUUGCAACUAUAACCUAUUCCGAAUGGGGCCCCAACAACUAUGAUCAAGACCUCCAAAUUCAGUACAUACAGAACGCAACUACACUUGACAAUAAAUACAUUUACCCACAGCACAACGGCGAUAUAAUCGGAAUAAACUAUGAGCGAGGUCCUGAACAAAAAAAGCCUGGUUUUUUGUUCCAUCAAAAGUUUCCAUCUCCAGUUGUUCGUGUAUUUGAUGUCGCUCGUCCAUGGGGCUCUAAUAAAACUGCACCUGACCUUGUUAUACUCUCACAGCCCCAGGCACCAUUUAUUGAGGAUGAAAUUUCGACAUCAAGUCGCUCAAACAGUGUGUUUCUGAACCACACAGAAGAUGGUAGUUGGUACGCUAUAUCUGAAACAUUUCAUCCUCUGAUUUCCGGUGGUACCCGUCAAGCGAGAUGUAACCUAGAAAGCUGGCUAGAUCAGCACCCAAACUGGAAUAUCCUGAAUAACACUCAAAUUUCUGAGGCACUUGUCGGCUUACACUCAGUUGAUAUCCAUGAAUCUGAGGAGGUCGAUGAGCUUUUAACAAUUUCUGCUCCAGAUACUGAUGAGACUCGGGAAGAUUCCCAGAACGAGAUCACCCCGGAGUUUGGUGAAGACACAGCCCCCCUAGAACAUAUUUUGCAACUACCCAGAAUUGCUGCUCACAGUCUAGUUGAAUUCCUUAAGAACCCCACACUUCUUAUUUUAAUGCUCGUCUCUGUAAUAAUCAACCAAAGAAAAAUACGUGUAGCCCUUGGAAACAGCUUUAAUAACAGGGAUGGAAUCCCUGUAAUAAGUAACGCAUUUGUAAAAGCUGUCGCAGGAAUCGGAAUUUUCUCAAACUUAUCUCAAAAAAACCUGGUUAAGAUAACCGCGGCUGAUCCUGCCGUAGACUUAUCUAAAAAUACACCAAAAUCUUCUUUGGCCACUGUUCAAAUAUCUGAGUUAAACCUUGGCCUAAAAGAACGAGAUGGGCCUGCGGAACAACCUCAUCAGGCUGAAAUAGAAAGUCCAAAAAAGAGAGAAAAGAAGGCACAUAGGGGACAUCGUGGCGGAGUAAAACACAAGAAAGGCGCACGCAAUAAUGCCCGAGAAGGCAUUGUAGCCUCCAAUCCCAAACUCAAAGACCCACUGUCAGUAGGGCAAAUUGUUAGGGAGGCUCAAGAAAUGUCCCCUCCUACAAGAAUUGAACCAGACAUACAACAUAUGUCUAGUAAUCCACAGGAAAUUUCUGGAUCUUUAAUCCGAAUUGGAGCCUUGGAAGUCAAUACAGAUAAACUCAUCGGAACCGGUAGUAAUGGAACGAUGGUCUUUGAAGGGAGAUUUGAUGGUAGAGAAGUGGCUGUGAAAAGGAUGCUCAUCCAAUUUUUUGAUAUUGCCUUUCAGGAAACUAAGCUGUUAAGGGAAAGUGAUGAUCACCCAAAUGUCAUUCGUUACUUCACUCAACAACAAGCUGCCGGAUUUCUUUAUAUUGCAUUAGAACUUUGUCCUGCAUCUCUUGCUGAUGUCAUUGAUAAGCCCCACAGUUAUCGAGAGCUUGCACUAGCCGGUGAGAAAGACCUCCCAAACGUUCUCUAUCAAAUUACGAAUGGUCUACGUCAUUUACAUAAGUUACGGAUCGUACAUCGCGACCUAAAGCCCCACAAUAUACUUGUCUCAAUUGAUAAAGAUGGAAAGCCACGCCUUCUUGUGUCAGAUUUUGGCCUAUGCAAAAAGUUAGAAGGCGAACAAUCCUCGUUUCGAGCCACUACGGCACAUGCUGCUGGGACUUCGGGCUGGCGUGCACCAGAACUACUCCUUGAUGAUGAUGCCAAAGAUGGAAAUCUCGCUCUUGUUGAUGCAAGCACUGAUGGAUAUUCCGAUUCCAUAGAACUCAGCACUGGAACCUUUUCGAAUCGUCGUGCUACUCGUGCAAUAGACAUCUUUUCUCUUGGACUUAUAUUUUUCUAUGUUCUGACAAAAGGUAGCCACCCAUUUGACUGUGGUGAUCGCUUCAUGCGUGAAGUAAAUAUAAGAAAUGGAAAAUAUGACUUGAGAUCACUAGAAGUUCUUGGCGAUUAUGCAUUCGAAGCAAAAGAUCUCAUCAGAAACAUGCUUGCUGCUGAGCCAAAACAUAGACCACAAGCAUAUCGAGUGAUGGCUCAUCCAUUUUUCUGGUCUGCCAAAAAAAGGCUCAAUUUUUUAUGCGACGUUUCUGAUCACUUUGAAAAAGAGAAACGAGAUCCACCCUCUCCUGCGUUACAAGAGCUUGAAUACUAUGCUGCCGAGGUCUGUGGUGGUGACUUCCUGAGGCUCCUCGGCAAGGAUUUUGUUGAUAGUAUGGGAAAGCAAAGAAAGUACACGGGAUCUAGAUUACUAGAUUUACUAAGAGCGUUGAGAAAUAAAAAGAACCAUUACGAAGAUUUAAGCGAAAAGCUCAAGAAAGAAAUCGGCCCUUUACCUGAGGGCUACCUUAGCUACUGGUCUCGAAGGUUUCCACAAUUACUAGUAAUUUGUUGGUCGGUAAUUUAUGAUUUGCACUGGGAUGAAAUAGAUCGAUUUAAGGACUAUUAUGAGCCCGUUGGAAUUGAGAGAUGA